GGACGUAAAGUUCAUAUCCCAGCGUCCUUUGAACCUACUUCCUUUCUAUUCCUUCCGGUCGUCCAAGAUGUCGAAGCGGGGACGUGGUGGAUCCUCCGGAGCGAAAUUCCGGAUUUCCCUGGGUCUUCCGGUAGGAGCUGUGAUCAACUGUGCAGACAACACCGGAGCCAAAAAUCUGUACAUCAUCUCUGUGAAGGGGAUCAAGGGACGGCUGAACAGACUUCCUGCUGCUGGUGUAGGUGACAUGGUGAUGGCCACAGUUAAAAAAGGCAAACCAGAGCUAAGAAAGAAGGUACAUCCAGCAGUGGUUAUUCGACAACGAAAGUCAUACCGGAGAAAAGACGGCGUGUUUCUUUAUUUUGAAGAUAAUGCAGGAGUCAUAGUAAACAAUAAAGGCGAGAUGAAAGGUUCUGCAAUCACAGGACCAGUUGCAAAGGAGUGUGCAGACUUGUGGCCCAGGAUUGCAUCCAAUGCAGGCAGCAUUGCAUGAUUAUUGGCUGUAUUUGUAAAAAAAAAAAAGAGACUCAUUAAAAAGUAUUUUGCUGGGGGCUGGCAGCGUGUCCCAAGUGGUAGAGCACCUGCCUAC